AUGACACCAGCCCUCGACUCAAACACCCUCUUCCGCGUCGACGGCCUCGUCGCCGUAAUCACCGGCGGCGGCAGCGGCCUCGGCCAAACCAUGGCCCACGCCCUCGCCGCCAACGGCGCCCGCAGAGUCUACAUCCUGGGCCGCCGCCAGGACGCCCUCACCACGACCGCCGCCGCGUAUCCCGGGAUCAUCGUCCCGCACCCAACGGACGUGACCUCCAAGCCCGCCCUGCAGGCGGCGGUGGACCGCAUCGCGUCCGAGACCGGCUACGUGAACCUGGUCGUGGCCAACGCCGGCACGAUCGGCCCGGCCGUGCGCUUCGGCCCGACCGCCUCGCUGGCGGAACUGCGGCAGACGCUGUUCACCGACUUCUCCAUGGAGGGGAUGAACGAUGCGUUGGGACUGAACAUCACCGCGGCGUUCUUCACCAUGACUGCAUUCUUGGAGUUGCUGGAUGCGGGGAACGCGCGUGCGUUGCAGGGCGGGUACGGCAAGCCCCUGCGGGAGGGCAGUGCUGUUCCCGCGAUCCCGAGCCAGGUCAUCUUCACGACCAGUAUCUCGGCCUUCAGUCGGCAUUGGACCUCGUCGCCGCCGUAUUUGGCGAGUAAGGUGGCGGUCAUGCAGAUUGCGAAGCAUGCGAGUACGCAGCUGGCGCGGUUUGGGGUUAGGGUUAAUGCGCUGGCGCCGGGGAUUUAUCCCUCCGAGUUGGCGGCGGGCUUGAUCAACACCCGCACCCCCGAGGACGAGCCCUUCGAGGAUCAGCGGUUCGUCCCGGCGCGACGGUUCGGUGGGGACGAGGAGAUGGCCGGUGCAAUCCUGUAUCUGGCCAGUCGGGCGGGGAGUUAUUCCAAUGGGUCGAUUCUGGUGACGGAUGGAGGGAGGUUGUCGGUGAUGCAGGCGACGUAUUAG